UAGUAUCGAAUAAAAAAGUCACUGCAAUCUCCAUAAGUCGCAGUGCCCGCAUAUCCUUACGAGGUGAUCAUCGGGAAGACAUCAUCGAAGUAGCUCGCUUCUCUCUCGCUUCUGUUUGCAGCAGGUUUCGUAACCUUUGAAGUUUUUCUAGGGCAGACGUGGAUGGCGGGAAUAUCUCUUAUUCUCAAUCUACUGAAGAGCGCACAGGGCUCCUCCUCCUCUUCCUCCUCCUCCGCCCUAUUGCUCCAUUCACAUGCUCUCCUCACAGCUAGUGCCGCCGCCUCGGCGGCCGCCGCGUACAUCGCUGCCUCCAAGCCCUUCGCUUCUAGAGCCAUUUUCGGUGAUGGAGGAAUUUCUGUUGCCUAUUGUGAUGCUGGUGCCACUAUUGCAUGGAAUGAAAAUUACAUCCCCAAUCUUAGUAGUGCAACUGAAAAUGAGAAGUCUAUUACAUUUAAGUGUAAAGAGUACCCAAUAGAGCUUAGGCCUCUAUUCUCAGCUUUUCAACUUAGAUCUCUGGCUCUCACAUCCCUAAGGUCCUUCUUGCAGUUCUAUUUGCCCCUUAUUGAAGUUCACCCACCAGUAGAAGAUGGUGAUGAUCUCCUACAAGAUGAGCCCAAAGAAAGCCAUGUUGAUUUAUUGACCCCAUUCCACAAUUCACUCAAACAAAUAGUUCGUGAGACUUCAGCUGUAACAAUUAGACGGGUGCUGGAGAGACUUGCUGUGCAUUAUUGUUCACAAAGAAUGGCAUGGAAACUUCUUAAAGAUGUUUCUAAAUCUGCAAAGCGUAAGGCCAAACGGGGCAUGCCUGCUUAUUUGUUGUUGUUUAACAUCAGCAGAACAACCUUCAGAGGCCAUGCACUUGGAGUGAUUGCUUCAUGGAUAGUUCAGAUUAUAAUGGCGUUUUACAGAUACUUCAUCCGUAAGCCAGAUAAUGAUGGUGAAAAUCUAAACAGAGCAGAAAAAAAUAGAUUAUUUUGGAGAGAGAUCUACAGCUCAACCAUUAAGUUUACUUCUUCAUUAUUUUUUGCAUCAAUUGGUGGAGGAAUUGGUGCCCUCUUCCAUCCUUCAAUAGGCCAGUGGAUCGGAUCAGCUCUUGGGGACUUAGCUGGGCCUUUCAUCGUCAUUUUUGUCUUUGAGAAGCUUCAUCUGCAAAUUUGAGUUAUCGGAUCUACACAAAUACUUUGAUAUAUUAUGCUCAUAUGCGUUUUAAGCAGCAAUGAAACAUCACCGCAGCUGAUUUAUCUGUGACGAGGCGGCAUUAAGACUUUAUUUGGGGUGGCUUUCUUACUGCUUCUUAAACCAGUUAUUUAAUAUAAAAAGUAAAACUUAUUUUUACUCAAAAGCUGCUUUAAGAGAUAGUAAAAAAGCUGUUCCAAACCAAGUUU